AUGGAAACAGUUGAGCAGCGUCAAAAAAGACUUGCCAGAGAAAGGCAGAGAAAUUUAAAAAGGAGAAGAAAAGUUAUUAAUGCGAAACUAAGAGUGGAAGUAGAUAUCACAAAUAUGAUAGAAACAACCCUAAAUAAUGAUAAUAUUAGGUCGGUAGAAGCGGAAGUCCCUAUUACUACAAAUAAGACUAAUACUCAAGUUAAUCGAAGACGAAAUUGGAUAACGCAUUAUGAGUUGAGAAGGAUGGAUCAAACAUGUGCCUAUUGUGAGGCUAAAUUUUGGAUGAAAGAAAAAGAUCAUAGUAGUAAUCAGAGAUCUUCAACAUUUGCAACUUGCUGUGCCCAUGGCAAAGUUUGCUUACCGCCCUUACUGGAGCUUCCAUCAUAUUUGCUUAAUCUAUAUACUUCAUCUGAAUCUACUGCCAAUUUAUUUUGUAAAAAUAUUAAAAAAUAUAACAAUGUUUUAGCUUGCACAUCAUUCGGAGCCAACAUUGAUGAAUUUCAGGGGAGGGGUGUCUUUAACUUUCGAAUUCAUGGCCAAGUCUAUCAUCGUAUUGGAUCUUUAUUACCAGAAGAGAGCCAUGCACCAAAAUUCACUCAAUUAUACAUCUACGAUACUGCACAUGAGAAUCAAAAUCGAUGUAAUAUUAUGCAAGAUUUAGAUGAAGGAAUUCUGCAAAAUUUACAAAAUAUGCUUGAUCAACACAAUCCCUACAUUCAAAAUUUUCGUCAAGUGAGAGAUAUCAUUCAGACAGACCCAACUAUCGAAGUUUCAUUGCUAAUUCAUGGCGAUAGAACGAAAGAUUCUCGCCGAUAUAAUAUUUCUAUAGCAUCCGAAGUAGCAGCUAUUAUGGUUGGUGACGUAACUGUAAUACAAUUUUACUCUUAUCGAUUACAAAUUAGGGAUGAGGCUGCUAUCGGAAGGCUCUACAUGGUACAACCUUUGGAAGGGGAAAGAUAUUAUCUAAGAAUCUUACUUACCUGUGUGAAAGGUGCUACUGGCUUUGAUCAUUUGAAAACUGUAAACGGAUAUUUGUGUGCAAGCUUUAAAGAAGCUUGCAUUCGCCUGGGCCUUCUUCAAGAUGACACCGAAUGGGAUGCAUGUUUAUUAGAGGCAAAACCCUGA